AUGCCCGGCUUUUCACAAACCAGCGACCUUCCUGCCUGGAAGGAGCUCCAGGAGCACCACACCACCUUGGGACGCAACCUAGUUCUCAAGGAUCAAUUCCAGAAGGACCCUAAGCGUUUUGAGAACUUCAGCCACAAGUUCGCCAACACCGUGGACAACACGGAGGUCCUCUUCGAUUUCUCCAAGAACUUCCUCACCCAGGAGACCGUCUCUCUUCUGGUCAAGCUCGCCAAGGAGGCCAACGUUGAGGAGCUCCGUGAUGCCAUGUUCCGUGGCGAGCACAUCAACUUCACCGAGGACCGUGCUGUCUACCACGCUGCUCUGCGCAAUGUUGCCAAGGAGCCCAUGGAGGUCGAUGGUAAGAGCGUGGUUGAGGAUGUCCACUCCGUCCUGGAGCACAUGAAGGAGUUCUCCGAGCAGGUCCGCAGCGGAGAGUGGAAGGGUUACACCGGCAAGAAGAUCAACACCAUCGUUAACAUUGGUAUCGGUGGUUCCGAUCUCGGCCCUGUAAUGGUCACCGAGGCUCUCAAGCCUUACGGCCACCCCGACAUUAAGCUCCACUUCGUCUCCAACAUCGACGGCACCCACAUUUCUGAAGCUCUUAAGAACUCCGACCCGGAGACCACCCUUUUCCUGAUUGCCUCUAAGACCUUCACUACCGCAGAGACCACUACCAACGCCAACACAGCCAAGUCUUGGUUCCUCAAGUCUGCUAAGGAAGAUUCACACAUUGCCAAGCACUUCGUAGCCCUGUCGACCAACGAGUCCGAGGUCACCAAGUUCGGCAUUGAUGCCAAGAACAUGUUCGGAUUCGAGUCCUGGGUGGGUGGACGUUACUCCGUUUGGAGUGCUAUUGGUCUGUCCGUCGCUCUGUACAUUGGUUACGACAACUUCCACCAGUUCCUGGCUGGUGCUCAGGCCAUGGACAAGCACUUCCGGGAAACACCCCUCGAGAAGAACAUCCCCGCUCUUGGUGGUCUGCUGAGCGUCUGGUACAGCGACUUCUUCGGUGCUCAAACCCAUCUGGUUGCUCCCUUCGACCAGUACCUGCACCGCUUCCCCGCCUACCUUCAGCAGCUGUCCAUGGAGAGCAACGGAAAGGCCAUCACCCGCACCGGUGAAUACGUCAAGUACACCACCGGACCCAUCCUGUUCGGUGAGCCUGCCACCAACGCGCAGCACAGCUUCUUCCAGCUUCUGCACCAAGGCACCAAGCUCAUCCCUGCCGAUUUCUUGAUGGCUGCUGAGUCGCACAACCCCGUCGAGGGUGGCAAGCACCAGCGCAUGCUGGCUGCUAACUUCCUCGCUCAGUCCGAGGCUCUGAUGGUCGGAAAGACCCCUGCUCAGGUCAAGGCCGAGGGCGCUGCCGAGGAGCUUGUUGCCCACAAGACUUUCUUGGGUAACCGUCCCACCACCUCUAUUUUGGCCCAGAAGAUCACCCCCUCCACCCUGGGUGCUCUGAUCACCUACUACGAGCACGUCACCUUCACCGAGGGUGCCAUCUGGAACAUCAACUCGUUCGACCAGUGGGGUGUCGAGUUGGGCAAGGCCCUUGCUAAGAACAUCCAGAGCGAGCUGGAGACCGAGGGAGCCGGUGCUGACCACGACAGCUCGACCAGUGGCGCAUUGUGGCCAACCAGCGCACUUGCGGGGAACAUCAAUGACAACAACGAGGGAUACAAACUGAGAGAGGAUAUCCCAGUAUCAUGUCUGAAUCGGACCAUGGAAGGAGAACAUGUCACUGACAAUCUCGGAAAACUCCAAUACGUCCCCUUCGUGACCUGCAACGAAACCGCCCGCCCCCUCUCCCUCCACUACGGCAUCUCUGAAACAAUAACAUGCACCAUCGACUCCCUUUCCGAUGAGCUGUACCAUCUGCUCGAGUUCUACGUCCACUCAGAUGUCCCAAUGACCUGCCGCGUGCCAACAGCGCCACUAACACCAUCCGCCGGCGCAGCAGAGCACGCGGACAAAGACUCAGACCAGAUGUCAGGAGAAGCAGACACCCUCUCUGCACUAGCCGACAACGGGCCGCCCUUCACGCCGCUCACAAUUGCGCUGCAGGGUACGCUUCAGCUGAGCCAUUUGCACAUCUGGACGGAUAUGAACGUCGUCAUGCACAACAUGGCCUCGGACGCGGCUGCAGAACAAAGCUCCAAGACCCGCGGCGGCCAGUCUGGACAGCCUGGUUUCACAGUUGGCGGUAUCGCAUACUCGACCCCCGAGUUCGAUAAUACCGGUAAAAACCCUAAGCUCGAUGAGGACGAGGAGCCAGUUGCUCUUUCCCAGGCGGCGCGUGAGCCUUGGACUGCUGGACAUGGCACCAAGGUCGUGCGUGGCGAGCCGCUUACCUUCUCUUUCCACGUUGCGUGGUUGGAGGGCGGUGCCAGUAUUGGGUGGCCGGUGCGGCCUCCUUUGGACUCGUGGCUGGCGCUGGCGACUGGGUCUAAGAAGAAAUCUGGGUCUUUCUUUUCUAAGCUGGUGUUCUUUGUUAUGGCGGCUUCAGUUGGUGCUUUGGUUGCAUUAUUCUGGGAGCGCAAUGGCCUGCGUGGUCGUGGGCGAACCCCUUGGCACGGAGAUGGGCUUUUGGGUGGGAGUCCCGCGCGUGGAGCGAAGGGUCCGGGCGUUACCUUUGGCAACGGGGGAAAGAAUAAUGGAUACGGUGGUUAUUCUGGCCCUGCUAAUGGCAAUGGCAAUGGAAACGGGGUUGGAAGUGGAUAUGGGUUCCCGAGUGGGAAGAGGGAUUGA